AUGGGGAGCAAUGGAGAGUCUCUCCCGCCACGGCAACGCCAAUGGGAAGAGACUGUGAAUGGGUCUCCAGACUCCAAGCGUCGCCGAAUCAGCACACAGUUACCCAGCAAACCAAAUAUUCACCGAGAUAGAAGCCCGGAUGGCUCAUACCCAAUAUCACCAUACACAGCUCGCCCAGAGGCACCAAGCUCCCGCGGGUCAUUCCACAUGUUGCAACCUCCACGACCGUACCGAAGUGUUCAAGAGUACCCCCAGCCUGACCCCAGUCUGAAGCUCCCGCCGCUACAAACAACUGCACCUGUGUCCAGCUCUGCGACGCCAGCGACUCAAUAUGUUCAGGAAAGCUCCAGUUUGGAGGCUACAGUGAUGACUAUCCCAUUCCUUAAUAAGAUCAAGGUACUCGCUAAAAUCUCACCUCCCCUCCUCCCGUCUUUCCGUGAUGGAGCCUCACGGAGACGGGGAGCCGUGGUGUCAGUUGACGGCCAAGAACCUAUCGCUGUGAAGUCAGUGGUUGACUUUCUUAACAAUACAUUGGAAAAGGAAGGAAAAUACCACACCCACAUUUUUGAAGGACCCGAUAUCCGUCUGCGGGAAGGUUACUCUGAAUCUGGUCAGAUGGGCGAUGCUACGGUUGAUUAUUUAAACACCAUCUCAGCCUGGCACCGCAUUUCAGAUGAAAUCGUGAGCUUCGUCAAAUCCUUGUAUGGGUCUUUGGAACCGAAGUCCGUGGAUGAAGACAACUCAACACCAGGAGCGUCGCCCAAAGGCUCUAUCCCUAAAGGAGCCGAAAUUCAUAUCAGUUCACCGGCACAAUCGAGUGAGAAUGGAUCUGUAUCAUACUCAUCGUCUUCCGGUUCAGCGCCCUGUCCGGUACCUGUGGCCCUGGUUCCUAGGUACCAGCUUACCACAGCCGACGCCUUCGCUUGCUCCGUACCUAUCGGAGACUCUUAUGCACCACUGGAUCAUUGGCAGUGGAUGGCGUCUCUCUGGCGUGCCUGUGUAGGCCCAGAUAUCACAGUCUAUGUUCGCGAAUGUGAGAAAGAUGAAUUAGAUCGAUAUGGGGGGAACCCCGUUGAAGUUCGCUUGCAUGAUGCGCGAACUAUAGUAGUGCGGAGAGCAGCUGGUUCUCCGAGGGAACUAGAAGAGAAGACUUUGAAACGCGUGGGGUUUGAAAUCGAGGACUACCUCACCCAAUGA